GGAGAGCAGUCUGUUUAAAACAGCCUCAGCUCUCUCACUCAGAUCACUGCGAGACCCGGAGACAGACACAUACACACUUUGCCUCUCUCUUCCACACAAGCGCUCACACACACGCCUCACGUACGGAGACGGCAACUUUCCUCUAUCGGACUGGCACAACACAAGGGAGUGACAGAUCAGGAAAAAGCAAGAAAUAAAGAGGAGGUGCCCAGGUGAAGAGGAGCAUUCUGCCGACGGUUCACCUUCUCCAAGAUGGCCAACCUCGUGACAUCGCUGUGCUGUGUGGUUCUGGCCGCCGUGGUGGUCGCCUAUGCUCAGAAGCGCAGUCAGCUUGCUGCCAGGAACCAAUAUGAGAGAAUGGGCAGUGACGUCACCAUGCAGUGCGGCUCUCUGGCCAACGACGCCUCGGUGUCAUGGAAGGUCAACGGGACGGACGUGAAAGCCCAGCACCGCCUGGAGGGCCCCAGACUGAUACUGACCCAAGUGGACCUGGGCCACAAUGGACUCUACAGCUGCUUCCAGGACCCGAACGGCGAGAGACGGGACACCAUCAACCUCCGCAUCGGCAUUCCUCCUCGGGAGCCGGUGAUCACCUGUAGAUCCAACACCUACCCUAAAGGCUUCUACUGCAGCUGGCACCAGCAGCACUCAACAUACAUCCCCACUACUUUUGAAGUGGAUCUACAACAUAACCAGCGUUCACUGGAGGUGCAGAAAGAUUCCUUCCAUAAGAACCGCUGCCACGUACGUUUUCCAGAGGUCUUCUCCAGCUUCCCCUACACGGUCAACGUGACGGCCAUCAACGCUUUGGGGAAAUCAUCCAGGACUUUUUCCUUUGAGGAGUCAAGUAUAGUCAAGCCGGACCCCCCUGAGCGAGUGACGGCCACCCCGAUUCGUUACAACGCUCGAAGGUUGGAGGUCUCCUGGCAAAGUCCAGCCACCUGGCCGGACAUCGACAACUUCCCUCUGAAGUACUUCCUACGAUACCGGCCUCUCAUUAAGGAGCAGUGGCAGCAUGUGGAGUUGUCUGACAGCACCGCCCACACCAUCACCGACGCCUACGCUGGCAAGGAAUACAUCAUCCAGGUUGCUGCCAAAGACACGGAGAUUGGAACUUGGAGCGACUGGAGCGUGGCCGUGCACGCCACACCCUGGAUUGAGGAGCCCGUGCAGACCACCUCCACCACUGACAUGGAGUAUCUCACACAGACUAAGACUUCGCCAAUACCGUCGUCCAACGCACCACAGAAGGCCGAACCUCCAGUGGGCAGAGCUGCCAGACUCCUCACCUUCUUCUCGCCUUUGCUGUUAGGCAUGCUGCUGCUGUUCAUGUAAUGUCAAACUACCCGAAGCAGAGGAGGACGACGAGGAGGAGGAGGAGGCUGGAUCUUUUUUUUUUUCUUUUUUUUUUAUCUCUUUUUGCACAUGUUCCGAGGACGCCGUGCAUCGAUCAUUUCUGUCCAUCACACACUUACUUCUUCGCCAAGAUGACUCGGACAACGCCCCACGCAGCAUUUUCAAUCAAUGGUUGACACAGAUGUUCCCCAGAAGAGCUUUUUUUUUUCU